UAUGUAUAUCUAUGUCAGUGAGGAACAUGUGAUGACAGGUCCUGACGUUUAAAGUCAAAGCAGCAAACAUAAGCGGCCAUUUUGUAGUGUCGUGGUACUAUUAAAAGUUGUUCAUCAAAUUUCGUCUAUUUUACAUGGGAGUAUUACUUUUUGUUAUGAUUCGAUAUAACAUUUCAAAGUGAUAGUUUUAUUCAGAUUGUACGAAAAAAGUGUUUAGAAUUGUAAUAAAAUGGAGCAAGAUGUGGAAACUGUACAGCGUAGGAUCUGUAAUACUUGCCUUAGUUCAGAUCGUGAUAUAAUUAUUUUAAACGAACAAUCUGUUUUAUUCCAAAUGUUUCGACUGCUAACUUACGAUUUCGCGGGUGAAUUUGACACAUUAAGUGGCCAGACACUAGAAGUGUGUUGGGAAUGUAUUGCCAUGUUGAGGAAGUUUACCAAAUUCAGAGAAAAAGUACAAACAGCUCAGCAACAUUUACGAGUCAUCAGCGAAUCACAGGAAUUAAUAAUUUUUCAGAAUAUGGACCACACUUAUUUAUCCCAAUCCUUAUCGUCUAUGGAAAUGAUAUUAAAAUUAGGUUAUGACAAAAUAUAUAUUGAUACAACAGCUAAGUUAUUGACGGAAUGGUCUCCACAUUAUAUCGAGAUCAGCACAUCGGAGAAUAUAAAAAAUGAACAAUAUGAUAUCGCUCAAGUCGUGAGAGAGAAUAUUAACUUGGAAUUGGAUGAAAAUAUGUUAACUGUACCAUCAGUAGUAAUAGACGGUCAAACAGUGCCUCAUAUUAUGAUAAAUGCUGAACAUUUAGCUGCGGACACAGGUUACAAGGAUCCCGAUAUAGUUAUACCAGAACUUGCAGUCAGGUCAAUAGAUGUACCAAAUUUGAAUGCAAAAGUUGAACAAAUACAAGACGGUAUAGAAGAAAAGCCUGAUUUAAAAGCUGGGUACACAACGGAGUAUAUGAAUGAAGAAGAUAUGCUAGCUUUUAGGGAAGAAGCUAAAAAGAAAUUCGCUUAUGUCGGUGCUAUACAUAAAUGUGAACUUUGUAUUGUUGGUUUCUACACGCAACAACAAGUGGAAGAACAUUACGAGUGCGCGCAUAAAGCUAGGGAGGGCACCGCGCCGUGCAAGGUGUGCUACUCGUACGUGGAGGAGGGGCGCGUGUCGCAGCACGUGCAGGGCCACUACGUGCGGCACGUGUGCCGGCUCUGCGGGCACGCCGAGGCGAGCGUGCGCUGCGCGCAGCUGCACGUGCAGACACACCACGAGAAGAAGUUGCCGAGCUCUCUCAUCAAGAUCGGGGAUUCGAAGCAAGCUGAAAAAUUGCGUGAAAAAAAGAAGAAAAAAGAUGCAUCAUCCACUACACCAUCGACUCCUUCUGAUCCAAAAGGUUUACGGAAAUUGCUUUCAAAAACUACAAUCGUUGGAUAUCAAUGUUUAGAAUGUGAUAUGUUCUUUAAGAACUCGAGAGCGCGUAAAGCGCACGUCGCUAGAUAUCAUAGGGAAGGGUUACAAUGUGACCAUUGUAAGAAGAGAUUUGUCAAUAGAACUACAUUAGUAACACAUUUAAAGUUACAUGAAGGUCCACCUCCAAGAGAACCAUGUCCCAUUUGUUCUAAAUUGGUACGCGUAGUGCAGUUAAAAUACCACAUACAGCGACAUGAGAAUAAAGGUCGGUACGAAUGUACCGAUUGUAACAAGGUAUUUUCUUACCUCACUACGUACCAAGGACAUCUCAAAUAUUCAAGAGCUCAUGCAUCUGAACAAGUCCUUAAGUUCCCUUGUCCGAUGUGCAAUAAGGGGUAUCCUAGUAAAGAGGCGAUGCAGGACCAUUUCAAUUACCAACAUCUCGGCAAAACCUCGCACAAAUGUCCCCUAUGUGAUAAGCCUAUAGCGUCUCGAGCCAACGUUGAACGACAUCUAAUGAGGGUACACGGAGAAAAGAAGGAGAAACCAAAGAACCACGUCUGUCAGCAAUGCGGCAAGGGAUUCACGGACAAGAAAUCUUUAAACCAACACGAAGUCAUCCAUUCAGGAGAAAGACCGUUAUCAUGUAACAUUUGCUACCAAACAUUCAAACAGAAGGCGUCACUUUACACGCAUAGGAAGAGAGUUCACAAUAUAACGCCCGCGAAACGAGUCGUCGAAUUCAUUGAUAACGAGAAAACUAAGGUAUAACACGAAAAAACUGAUUAACAUCGGAAGUUAGAACAAUGAAGAAUAUAAUUGUCGAUAUUAAAUUCAAUGAAGGUAGAACAAGAAAAACUUGAAACAAAGUUUAAAAAUUGAAGGUAGAAGAAAAACAUCUAAUUAAUGGAAAACCUAAAUGAAGGUAGAUGUUAAUUUCAACUGAAGGUAGUACAAGUUAAAAACAAAAGUUAAUUCCAAUUGAAGGUAGAAAAAACACGAAGGUAAGCUUCACCAUAGAUAUUCUAAAGGCAGUUGUUUAUUUUUAAAGAAAUUUAACUUUUAAACCAUGAAUUUAGUGUAUUCUGUAUUAUUGUAUAUAAAAACUG